AUGUUACAGCUUAUCUUUCUACUAGCGUUAGCUUGUCACUGCAGAGGAGAGGACCCUCCAGUACCAGAUAUUACGAAGACUCUCAAAUCCGUCCAAGAUCCCAAUAGCAUCUCGUCUGGUGACUACGACGUCGUCGUUUUCCUGAAUGACGAUAUUUUCAACCUGGAGAAUGAGUUUAAGAUACUCGGUGAAGCCCUCGUGCAAUAUAAUGGGCUGGAUUCUACAACUCCCAACAAGAUGCAGGUUAUCCCAUUCCUUGUGCAUCCGAAUAAAAGAAUGAUCUUUGCCCCCACGGGCAAGUUGAACACCGACAUUUCGGACAGCCGCCAGAUCUAUUCCACGGCCAUGGAGGCAGCAAAACUGGCCUACUCCCUCAAUCUACGAAAACCGUUGUUUGUAUUGGGUCCUCUGGAAUCCGCCAAAAGUAUGAAUUACACAUGGAUGCAGGGCGAUUACCGUUACCUUCUGAUGACAUUGGGCGCCCUACAAGGGUAUUACACGCCCUUAAUAAAGCGUCAACUUAACAUUGAACCCCUAACCAAGUACGACACGAUGGGAGUCUAUGGAGCCGACAGUGAUCUCCUGGAUAUAGCUGGAAAGAUCGAAAUGGCCCGUAUUUUGCAUCGUGACACGUGUGCCUCGGACCCUGAAAGGAUGGCUGCACCAUCGAUCGAGGAAUACUACAGGCGAGAAUUUAAUGAGGGCAUGGCCGCUAUGUUGGGCAGUAAACAGAGCCGUUCAGGGUAA